AUGGAGACACACGAGCUACUGCAACUAUCGAGUCCCGACGUACAGGAUGCCCAGCAACGUACAACAGCUCGACUCCAAAACCGUGAUAAUAGGGACGUGACGACCAACGGAGCCCGCGACUAUACACACAGUCACCCGAACCUUCAGACGGUGCUACACAGAGGCAGACGCAGAACUGGGCACAACGACUCCAAGCAACGACAACUACUACAUGUGUCGGCUGUCGAUCACAGGCACCACCGGGUACACGACACAUCCCACGCUCUCAUCAUUGUCGAGCAACACAUCCAGGGGGACAACACGAUAACACAGGACGACGACUUCGCACCUCUACUCAAAGCUACCGACGCACACAUCAACGCGAUACUCACGGAUGAUUAUAGCAACGAGGCACCGGCGCCAGAGAACAACCAUGGGGGAUGGGAGCCAGUCGCCGAGCGUGAAUGA